AUGUUGAAAAAUAAAACUUUUAAAACGUCCAAAUUGUUUGUUGUCAAACGAGAUGGAAGACAGGAAGAAGUACAUUUUGAUAAAAUUACCUCACGAAUUCAGAAGCUAUGUUAUAAUUUGAAUAUGGAUUUUGUUGACCCUGUGUCCAUUACCCUUCAAGUAAUCAACGGAUUGUACUGUGGAGUCACUACGCAAGAACUAGACAAUUUGGCUGCAGAAAUUUCAGCUGGCUUGACUUGCAAUCAUGCCGACUACGCCAUUUUAGCUGCUCGGAUUGCAGUUUCCAAUCUGCAUAAGGAAACAAAAAAAGUUUUUUCUGAUGUCUUCGAGGAUCUCUUCAAAAAUAUCAAUCGCGAAACAAACACUGCGUCACCAAUGGUAUCGGAAUUUCAUUAUAAUAUUGUUAAAAAUAAUGCUGAUCGCUUAAACUCCGCUAUUAUUUAUGACCGAGAUUUUGGUUAUAACUAUUUUGGAUUUAAGACGCUCGAGCGUUCCUAUCUACUUAAGAUAAAUGGGAAAAUUGCAGAACGUCCACAACACAUGCUGAUGCGCGUCGCUCUUGGUAUUCAUGGAGACGAUAUUGAUGCGGCAGUGGAAACUUACAACCUACUGUCUGAACGAUAUUUUACGCAUGCCUCGCCAACGCUUUUUGCUGCUGCAACAAAUCGACCUCAAUUGUCCUCAUGUUUUCUUUUGACAAUGAAUUCGGAUUCAAUUGAAGGUAUUUUUAAAUCAGUUGAACAAUGUGCACUGAUUUCCAAGUCAGCAGGUGGAAUUGGACUUAAUGUUCAUUGCAUUCGUGCUAAAGGCACAUCCAUAUGUGGAACGAACGGUACGUCGAAUGGAUUAGUUCCAAUGCUAAGAGUUUUUAAUAAUGUGGCACGAUAUGUUGAUCAGGGAGGUGGAAAAAGACCUGGUGCCUUUGCUAUUUAUUUAGAGCCCUGGCAUUCAGAUGUUUUUGAGUUUUUAGACCUCAAAAGAAACACUGGAAAAGAAGAAAACAGAGCACGUGAUCUUUUUUACGCUCUAUGGAUUCCUGAUCUUUUCAUGAAACGUGUUGAGGCAAAUGAAAGCUGGUCGUUGAUGUGUCCACAUAAAUGUCCUGGCCUUCAAGAUGUUUGGGGCGAAAAAUUUGAAGAGCUCUAUGUCAAAUAUGAGCAAGAAGGACGUGCGAAUCGAACAGUGGAAGCCCAGGCUUUAUGGUUUGCUAUUAUAGAAUCGCAAGUGGAGACUGGUAACCCAUACAUGCUUUUUAAGGAUUCCUGUAAUAGAAAGAGCAAUCAACAAAAUGUUGGCACCAUUAAAUGCAGUAAUUUAUGUACAGAAAUUGUCGAGUACUCAGCACCUGAUGAGGUCGCUGUCUGCAAUUUAGCUUCCAUAGCACUGAACAUGUUCGUAACACCAGAAAAAACGUAUGAUUUCAAAAAAUUAAAAGAAGUAACCAAAACUGUUGCCAAAAAUCUUAACAAAAUUAUAGACAUCAACUAUUACCCCUUGCCAGAAGCCAAGAAGUCCAAUUUAAGGCAUCGUCCAAUCGGUAUAGGUGUUCAAGGUUUAGCUGACGCUUUAAUUUUAAUGCGUUUUCCCUAUGAAAGCGAAGAAGCCGGUCUUUUAAACCAACAAAUAUUUGAAACAAUUUAUUUUGGGGCUCUGGAAGCUAGUUGUGAACUUGCUGAAGAAUUUGGAGUAUAUGAAACCUAUGAAGGAAGUCCUGUGAGCAAGGGAAUUCUACAAUAUGAUAUGUGGGAUAAAACUCCAACGAACCUAUGGGAUUGGCAAAGCCUGAAGGAAGACAUUAAAAAGCACGGAAUUAGGAAUUCGUUGUUAGUAGCGCCGAUGCCUACAGCAUCUACUGCACAAAUUAUGGGUAAUAACGAAUCAUUCGAACCAUAUACCACAAAUAUUUAUACGAGACGAGUAUUAUCUGGUGAAUUUCAAGUGGUCAAUCAUCAUUUAUUGAGGGAUUUAACAGAAUUGGACUUAUGGGAUGAUGAGAUGAAAAAUAAAAUAAUUUCCAGCAGGGGCUCCAUUCAAGAUAUUGAAACUAUUCCCCAAAAGGUUCGCGAUCUUUAUAAAACUGUAUGGGAAAUUUCAGUAAAAUCCACAAUUAAAAUGGCUGCUGAUAGAGGUGCAUUUAUUGAUCAAAGUCAGUCAUUUAAUGUUCACGUAGCAGAGCCCAACUACGGAAAAUUGACAUCCAUACAUUUUUUCUCCUGGAAAGCUGGACUAAAAACCGGAAUGUAUUAUUUACGCACAAAACCUGCCGCCAACGCAAUACAAUUUACUGUCGACAAGAAACAAGCUGCAUCAGCGUUAAAUGAUCUAAAUGGGUCUUUUAACAAAUCAACUUUGCUUGAUGAAAGCACCAAUAACUCUCACCAUAUUGAAUCAGACCGAGAACGCCAUAUGGCUGAAAUGGUUUGCUCGCUCGAAAAUAAGGAUGCCUGUUUAUCAUGCGGAUCUUAAAUGCAUGUAUAUAUAUGUAUAAGUAAUAAACAAAUAAGUCAAUGAGUUAAAUUAAUCCCAUCAUGUAUCAACAAACAUAAAAUAAAAGAAUAUAUACAGAAGUA